GUUCAUUGGUCGGUUGGUGAGUGGUGGGGAUAGUGGCGGCAGCGGGGAUAAAUACCGUCCAAACCGUACUAUGCGCAUCAGUUUCGUUCAAUACUUUGCUGAGUAAACUACGAUUGAUUAAAAAUGACUGGUCGUGGUAAGGGAGGAAAGGGUUUGGGAAAGGGAGGAGCAAAGCGUCACAGGAAAGUUCUUCGUGACAACAUCCAGGGAAUUACGAAGCCGGCAAUCCGACGAUUGGCUCGCAGAGGCGGUGUUAAGCGCAUCUCUGGCUUAAUUUACGAAGAGACUCGUGGUGUCUUGAAAGUCUUUCUUGAAAACGUCAUCCGUGAUGCCGUUACCUACACUGAACACGCAAAGAGGAAGACUGUUACUGCCAUGGAUGUCGUCUAUGCUUUGAAGAGGCAGGGCCGCACUCUGUAUGGCUUUGGCGGUUAAUAAGUUUUACCUAUCAUCACGAACACAAAAUGGCCCUUUUCAGGGCCGCAAAAUAAAUCCAAACGUAAUUGGAGCAUAUCGUUUCAUCAUAAUAUAAUAAUAAUAUACUCGUUACCUUUGAUACCUUUUGUACAAGUGAUAAAUAAACUGACUGGGUAUGUAAAAAAGGCAAAUUCAAUAUUUCAAUUAGAGCUAGAUUUUAAAUAGUA